AUGUUCGGAGCAUCUACAGGAACUAGCACAGGGCUUUUCUCCAGUACUCCAUUGGGAAAACCUACAACGGCCCCAACGACAACUCCUCUUCUGUCUUCUAAUCCUCUUGCCUCAACUCUAAAACCUCCCACAAGCACCACAGAUGAGAAGCUCUUAUUCAGCGAUUUAGAAACUGUUGUGAACAACUUGACAAUGGAAGUUGCGCAUCUGGAACGUUCAUUCUUAUCACAAGCUUUAGAAAUUAAUGCUUACGAUCGAGUUGUACGAGAAAACGAAAGAAAGCUUAUUAAUGCGGACAAGGAAAUUACUAACCUUGAAGCUUCUCGUGAUAGAUUGAACUAUAACUUGGGCUUCAUAGAUGAGCAGCAUGCAGAGCUCGAAAACCUCGUUAGUGAUAUUGAAAAGAAGUUGGGACUUCCCGAUUGGACUGAUUACUCCAAGCCUUAUCCCAUCGAUAUGUCUUGUGCUUCUUCAGCCGAUGAACAGAGGAGAAAAAUUAUGCAAUUGUUGACUACUGUUGAUGCUCAACUCAAAGAAGCUGGUGAUGACAUCGACGAAAUUAUUGGCCAGGUUUCUUCCUUGGUCAAAGAAAAAGAAAAUGUAUCAUCCAAUGUGAUAACCGUAGAGCAUAUCCAGAAAGUUUUGAAAAAGCAGUUGGAAAACCUUGUUUGGUUGGAUUCCAAGAGCGAAGAGCUCAACGUUAAGACUUCCAAACUCAGCCGAUCUCUAACACAAGAAGUUUAA